GAAGAGGCAUUCGGCUACUCGGAAGAGAACUCGCUCAACCGAGAAGAAUUGAUUUCCACAUUAACAGACCGCGACACGCGAAGAGAACACGAGUCAUAGUGAUAAACACUAUGAUAAAAUUUAUGCCAUAACAGAGUUACAGAGGAAGAUAUCGUUAUGGAUAUGAAUUCUAAAUGUCAAAGCAGCAAGAAUGCAAAAACAUAUGUAAAAGCUCAACAAUCGGAAGAUAUCACAGUAAAUAAUAACACAAUUGAAGAAAUCUUUCCAUGGUUAUCAAAAUUCAAUAAAAUUAUACAUUCAUGCACAGGAAAUAGAAAUUAUCGACAUCUUGAACGAUUGCUUUUACUCUAUACCCAGAAUAUUCUUUCUAGCAUACCAGAGAGUAAUGUCAAGUUUAAUGAUGCAAUUAAUUUCAAAAAUCAUAUUAAUAAUAUGUUAAUAUUUUUUCACUUAUAUUGGCUUGAUAUAAAACAGGAUAUAACUGAUCAUAGCCCAUAUUUAAAUAAAAUAUCGGUUUUGUUAAAUUUAUAUAUAGACAUGGAAUUAAAAUCUUUCAUGAAAAAAAGAACUAGUUAUGAUAGAGAUUCUUCUAAAAUUGUUGCAAAGAUUCUUGCAGCAUUGUACAUAUACUUAAAUAACUCGGAAGAGCAUAUUUUCAGAGUAUUACUUAGAAUUAAACAUACGACAGAAAAAUAUAGAAAAAUCUGCAAUCAUAUAUUUAUGAAGAGCUUUACUAAUCUCCAAACAAAGACAACAUCUAUAACUGAUGUAGCUUAUGUCAGAUACUUACUUGCCUUUAAGAUGUGGAGAAAAAUGGAAGAAACUUCUGAUAAAAAAGAAAGAAUUAACAAGUUAGCUCUAAUGUUGCUAGGACCGCGUAUGCCAAACUUGCAAGAUGAAUUAUUAGAAUUUGUGCCUAAACCUCCUAGUCAAGAUAAUGAAACGCUAUGGUUAAUACAGUCAAAUUCAUUUGAUUUAAAACAAGUUCAUAACCAUUUCCUGUUAUUCGAAGACAAAAUGGACUCUAUAAGUUCACAAUGUGUCAAGACAAUUCAUCCUAAUCAGAGCAGUUCAAAAUCUCAGAAGCUUCAAGUAAAUUCGCUAUUUCGUCGAAACAACUUUAAUGGAGAAACAUCUGAUCAAAAAAUAAAUAAAGAAUAUUUAGAUGGCUUGCAAAACAAUAAUAUGCUAUCAAUUAAUGAAAACAAAUCUUUGGAUCAAACUUAUUUACAAAAAAAAGGAACAAGAAACCUUAAACAGCUCAAGAAAAUAAGAAAAAAGCCAAGAAAAAUAAUUAUUGAUUUAACUGGAGAUGACGAGAUAGACAUUCCUUGCAAAAUAAAAAGAAAAAAGACCAAACGAAAUUCGGAAUGUUUGAAAGCUACAAAAAACAUAAGUAAAAAGCAUAUCUGGAAAUAUUCAAGCAAUUUCGCGACUGGUGAAAUUAAAAAAUGUUCUAAUGGAGAUAACAAAAACCUGGGAGAAAAGAUUAAUUUGCAAUGUAAACCUGUUUACAAUAUUAAAAUUAAUGACAGUGCAGAAAAUUGUACUUCAAUUAAUAACAAAUCUUGCUUAAGUGAUAUCUAUUAUAAUAAUGUUCAAAAGAAUGAACAUGUAAAUAUAGCAAAAAAUCAGAUGAAUUCCUGCUUGGAAUUUGUGAAAGGGGACGAAAACAAUUUAUUAUUCAAAACGUGCCAAAAUAAUAUUAUAGAUCAGCAUUCUUUCAAGCAAGAACUACCAACGAGCAUGAAUUAUAAUGCAAUGCAAAAAUCACACAAAUAUUAUAAUACAAUGCCUGGUGAUGUACAUGAUAUUAAUCAUCUUGUAAUAAAGAAAUUGAAAUCUAUAAUAAAUGAUCAUAGUUCACAAAUUACAGAAAUUAUAAAGCAGAAAGUAUGUCAUCAAGUUAAUGAAUGUCCAAAUUGUUAUGCGAAAAUUAUGCCAUUUGUGUUUGCUAAUAAUGACAUUACUGCAGCAAAAGCACAAGAAACUUUGCAUAAUACGUUUAAUGAUAAUGAAAAUGAUAAAUUGGCCUCCGACACCAAUGUAAUUUAUACUCUAAAUGAUUGCAAUAAAUGUGUUUACGUUGUAAAUCAUACAUCAUUCGACGAACGUGUCAUGACUGUACAUGCUGAGAAGAAAAUUCAACAUCUAGAUAAAUCCAAUGACACGUGUACUGUUUCGACUACAUUUACGGAAGAUCAGAUUGUAGAGCCAUCAUAUAAUCAACAUGUCAAUCUUGAAAACAUGAGAAUGAAUAAUUAUGAUAACGCCGCUAAAUACUCUGAAGCUACAAUGAAGGAACAAGAAAAUGAUUGCGAUUCUUCAAUAUUAAAUGAUCGAUUACAUUAUUCAGAAUCUUACACAUUUAACAUUAAUUCUUUCGACAUUGGUUCGAACACAGAAGUAGGUUACGAUCGGAAAAGUUUUCCAAAGAUAGAAAAAACUGAUGAAAUAACGAAGAUUGACGAUGUAGAUAACUUGGAGCACAUGAAUUUCUUAAAUAAUAUGCAAAGUGAAAUUCCUCCAGAUGAUUUUCUCCAACAAUCUUCUGAACUGUCUCAAAUUAAUUUAAUCGGUAUAUCAACCAAAAAAUCAUCCAUAUAUAUCGACAAUGAUAUCACUGAUAAGUACAUUUAUAUUACAGAUACUGGUGACCACGUUAUGAAUACGAAUGUUGAAAAGCGAAUGCAGUAUCUAGAUAAUUCUAACGACAUCUGUACUGUCUCAACUACGUUCACUGGAGACCAAAUUGUAGAGGAUGAUUAUGUCAAUACUGAUGAUAGAAGAAAGUAUGAAAAUGACUCAAAGUAUUCUGCUUCAAAGGAAGCUGCAAUCAAGGAACAACAAGAAAGAAACGAUUGCGAUACAUCAAUGUCAAACGAACGGUUACAUUCCUCCGAACUUUUUACAUUUGAUAUCGACUCUUUUGAAAUAGAUUCAAAAGAAGCUAGUGAGAUAAUGAAGACUGAUUAUAUAAACGACUUUGAAAAUAUCAGUUUCUUACAUAAUAUUGAAACUCUGGAACAUAUAUUAUCGAACAAUACCACCACUAACAAUACAACCACUAACUUCCUAUCUCUGAAACAGUCUCUGUUUGAAUCAGUAUAUACAGAUACAUCUUCAGAUCAUAAUGUACAUACAGAUAUAUCUUUUAAUGAUACAUAUUUAAAUGAAAAAAAUGUCCUAUGCAAUAAUCAAAACGAUACUAUUGAUAGUAGCAUAGAUCUAGUAACUUCUCAUUUAAAUACCGACGAUACCUUUUCGCGAUUACCAACAAAAUCUGAUAAAUCCAUGUUUCAAGGAGCCGUGGGAUUUCGGUAUUCUUCCUGAUAAGUUAAAUAAUCAUGCCUUAACUAAAUGUUUUUAUGUUUGCAAGAAAAAAGAAGGCUUUUAUAUCCUGGAAGAUAGACCUGGAAGAUAAACCAAUCGACAAAUAAAUUUUAUACAUCCAAGAAUAUUUCAUCAAAUUUGCUAAUGAAUUACUUUAUGUUGCAAAGAAAAGAUUCUGCCUCAACAUCAUAUUAUACAACAUAUAUAUUUGCCUUUGGAGGAUUCUGAUGAUUUUUUUAUUUCAAUUUCGAAUAAGAUGGCCAAUUCAAAACAUCAUAUGCUUUUUUAACAUCAUUAAAUCGGAUAUAAUAGAUUAUUUACCGAAGAAACAUCUAUGAAGAAAGAAGUUGCAGCAACGAUUUUUUAAUCAAAAUUAAAUUCUGAUGUUAACGAAAAAAGUGAUGAAAAAUGUCAAGCCUUAAGAGAUGGCUAAACUAACUUUCUAAAGAAUUUUAUACACUUCUGAAUACAUCUCGAUAUUGUGAGAUUUCUCAUCAAUAAAUCAUUAUAAAAGGAAUAUGAAUAUUCUGCUUGAAUGUCUCUGCAACGAUAUAAGAUAUAACUUUAUUUUGAAUGAAUUUUAAUAGAGCAAUUUAAUUAAAAAUAAAUAAUGAUUAUAACCGAAAUCAUAGAUCGUAAAUUAACGAAUAUCAUUAAGAAAUAGAUGUAUCAAAUUAUCGCUCACUGAAGAAACAACUGAGAAGAGAAAAGAAAUAGUAUCUAGAGUUUUGUUUCAUCUAGAUACCAAUAAAGUUAUUCUGGAUCAAUAUUCGAGAAAUAAUUUUAUUUUCUACAAUAAAAGAUCUUAUAUGCAGAAAAGCGCAAGAAAAAUAUUGCAGUGGCGUGAUUGAUUGUCAUUUAUGAUCCUGAAGAAAUCAUCAAUUUUUAACUACUUGCAUAAUGCGCAUUAAGUCUUAUAACUUGAUUGAAAUAAAAAUUGAGCAUAUGAUAUUGAAAAUCAACUUAAACGCUUCCACAAGUUGUUAUUACAAUUAAAUAUACCAUGUAACAUAACUUGUAAAGUUAUUCAAACAUGAUCUAAAAUUAAAAAUCUGUAGAGACAGCUCUUUUAAGUUAUGCUUUGUUAUAAAUUAUUGUAUCAUAUGAUCAAGAAGCACUUCUGACAGAUUUUUUAGAAAUAUGUAUUUUAUGUGUAUAUAUACAAUAUUACGCAUGUAUAUUAUUUUAAUUGCGUUAAAUAUUAAGUAAAUAUGUGAAUAAUGCGAAAUACGUGUUAAAAAGGAAGAUGAAGUAAUUAAUAGUAGUAAUCUGCCCUGGUAAAAGUUAAAUUUCUGAGAUAUAUUUCCGAAGUUACUGCAGAAAUAGAUUAAUAGAAAAAAAAAAA